UUCCCCUCCCGGCCCACCGUCGCAACGCCUGCGGUUCUAGGAAGAUGCGGCUUCCGGGAAGGGCUGGGACGCAGCGGACAAAAGAUUAGGAGGCGGCUGGCCCCGCCCCGCCCUCCCGGCCCGGCCCCCUCGUCCUUCCAGGCUGCUGGCUCCACAGCCUUUCAGUCCCCGCUCGCCGCCUGUGAGCCCCGGGACCUUGACCCUCGCGCCUUCGACACCCACUGGCUCCCUUCUGCUUCCGUCCCGCCGAGCCCGACUCUCGAGCCGCCGUUGCCUCUAGGACAUGGUCCUUUGCGUACAGGGAUCUUGUCCUCUGCUGGCUGUGGAGCACACUGGGCAGCGGCCUCUGUGGGCCCAGUCUCUGGAGCUGCCUGAGCCAACCAUGCAGCCCUUGCCCACUGGGGCACUCCCAGAGGAGGUGGCAGAGGAGACCCCUGUCCAGUCAGAGAGUGAGCCCAAGGUGCUGGACCCUGAGGAGGACCUGCUGUGUAUAGCCAAGACUUUCUCUUACCUUCGGGAAUCUGGAUGGUAUUGGGGUUCCAUCACAGCCAGCGAGGCCCGGCAACACCUACAGAAGAUGCCAGAGGGCACAUUCCUAGUACGAGAUAGUACUCACCCCAGCUACCUGUUCACGCUGUCUGUCAAAACCACCCGGGGCCCCACCAAUGUACGCAUUGAGUAUGCUGAUUCUAGCUUCCGACUGGACUCCAACUGCUUGUCCAGACCUCGCAUCCUGGCCUUCCCAGAUGUGGUCAGCCUUGUGCAGCACUAUGUGGCCUCCUGUGCUGCUGACACCCGGAGUGACGGCCCAGAUCCUGUUCCCACCCCAGCCCUGCCUGUGCCUAAACACGAGACACCUGGUGACUCAGCCCUGCCUCUCCCCAUGGCUACUGCCGUGCAUCUGAAACUGGUGCAGCCCUUUGUGCGCAGGAGUAGUGCCCGCAGCUUACAACAUCUGUGUCGCCUUGUCAUCAACCGUCUGGUGGCUGACGUGGACUGCCUGCCGCUGCCCCGGCGCAUGGCCGACUACCUCCGACAGUACCCCUUCCAACUCUGACUGGGCCAGACACCCUGCCCUGCCUCACAUAACUAUAUCCUGAAGCAAACACAGGCCCCAGCUGGAGCUGGCUUCCUGCUGUCCCUCUUCAGUCAUCCUGCUACCUGUGUACAUACAGAAGUGCCAGCAAGAACAAGGCAGACGGAAGAGGGAUUGUCACAGACUCUGAGGUCAAUGCCUCCAGGUCCCAUAUGGCUCUUGGUGGCGAAGCCACAUGUCAGAGCAGAGAGAGACAGGCAGGACCUUGUCUCACCCUGGAGGCUGGACCCAGGCCUCCAUUCACUGGUGUGUCCUAGCCAUCCAAACUCUCUAUUUUCUCCCAGCUCUGGUCUCUCAAUCUGCUGGGUAGGGCAGGCCCCCUGCCCAUCUAUAGAGCAGUCAGCCUGUUUCUGGGAGAGUAUCAGCCAGAGGUACUGAGGUUGAUAGUGCCAUCCCCUUGGGAGAAAGCAGGCCAGGCUGGGGGGCUACACAAUUAUACAGUAUUUAUUUAUUUAUUCUCCUUGCGGGGGUUGGGGGUGGGUUAAUGGCAUGAGCCAUCCCAUUUUUCUGCCCUAAGGCCUGGGUGGUCCAAAGAUCCCCAGCUCUGGUUCUUCCCUGUGGAGACCCCCAUCCCCAGAUGUAUUGUUGGGCCCAAAGUAGUCCUGAAUGUCCUGGCCCUUACCACCUGCAUAUGGAUGUGCCCACUCUCUUUUCUCCCUGGCCUCUUUUGGGAGGCUUGGGAACCAGACAGACGGGAGCCAGAAACACAGAGCUCACACUCUCUCCUCACAUGGCUUCACAGAGCUGGCUUCUCUGUGGUGUGGUCCCUGCAGGGGGCAUGUGCUGGGUCAGGAAGGGGAUGCUGGCUCAAGGGCUGCUCUUGCAGCUCCUUUGUGUCUGCUUCCUGCCCAGGAAGUUGCCUGCAUGUGAGAGAGCGAGAAAUACAUACCUAAUGAGACUUUAUAAAACAAUUAUUAUUAUAACACAAAAACCAGCUUGGUAGUUUUUCUUCCACUGAUUUUUCUGUAAUGAUAAUAAAAU